AUGGAUUCUGACGAAUACGACGACGACCUGGCAGACGAGGAUUUGGUGGAAGCCCUUAGCCAGAGUCAAACUGUGCCAUCAAGCACAUAUGUGUUUGAUGCGCAGACUACGCCUUCUAGGAGAAUAUCUUCAGUCACCAAUACUCUAGCUUCGUCCUUCGGCCGGACCGACACGGGACGCCAUUUUGAAGGCUCUGGUGCAAACACAGUGGCCAAGGUUACAGCGCCCAGUGCACUUCAACGGGCAGCAUCAACCCAACCUCUGGGAAACGAGUUGGAUGACUUACCCUCGGAUGCUUUCUCGUCUUCGCCGGAGCCUCUGUCUGCCGCGCCGCCCACCGGGAACGCGGUAUCUACGGCACCCAGAGCUCAGAAUGGGCUGACUCGCACAUCGUCGUCGACAUUUCGGCAGACAACUCUACUAGGCGGAAGAGUGGCAGACGACGCAUCCGUCCAACCUUCUCAGCCAGGGUUUGGCCGGGUCUACAGGGGAGACCGGCCAGCAGAAGCCCCUUCGCAACAUGCCAUCAAUCGCGAAGCCAUGAAGACCUGGUUAUAUCCAACCAAUCUUGGAGCCACCAGAGACUAUCAGUUCAGCAUCGUCAAGAACGGGCUGUUCAAUAACACACUUGUCGCGUUGCCCACGGGACUUGGCAAGACAUUCAUUGCCGCGACCGUCAUGCUCAAUUACUAUCGCUGGACAAAAGAUGCCAAGAUUGUGUUCGUUGCGCCAACCAAACCCCUGGUAGCGCAGCAAGUCGACGCUUGCUUCAACAUUGUGGGAAUACCUCGAUCCGAGACGACGCUCCUUACAGGCGACACGGCACCGGCCCUCAGAGUCGAUGAAUGGUCGUCCAAACGAGUAUUCUUCAUGACGCCGCAGACGCUGCAGAACGACAUCUCGCAUGGCUAUGCCGACCCGAAAUCCAUUGUUCUGCUAGUGAUCGACGAAGCCCAUCGCGCGACAGGCGAAUACGCAUACGCAAAGGUCGUCAAGAAGAUACGACAAUUUAACCCCUAUUUCCGACUAUUGGCAUUGACUGCGACACCAGGCUCAAAGAUUGAGACUGUGCAAGAAAUCAUCGACAACCUCGGGAUAUCACACAUCGAGAUCCGGACCGAGGAUUCGAUCGAUAUCCGCCAAUACGUCCAUCAAAGAAACGUCGAGCAAGUUGUGCUUGAUCCCUCUGACGAAAUGUGCGAGAUCAAGGAUCUGUUCUCCAAAGCCCUGAAGCCGUUGAUGGACAAGCUCACUCAGCAAAAUAUCUACUACGGCAGAGAUCCCAUGGCAAUCACAACAUACGGCCUGGUCAAGCAACAGCAGGAUUGGUUCGCCAGCGUCGGACGCAAAACCAACCCCGGGGUGCAGUUUAUGAUGAGAGCCAUUUUCAGCAUUCUGCAGAGUCUCGCCCACGCGAUCAAAUUGCUCAAUUUCCAUGGGAUUCGACCUUUCUACGAAAACCUGAAGGAGUUCCGGAGCGAGACCGAAGACAGAGGGGACAAGGGGUCCAAGUACAAGAAGCAAAUAGUUAACGACAAAAGCUUCCAGGAAAUGAUGACCAAGGUGGAAAAGUGGCUUCGCACUGAAGGCUUCGUUGGCCACCCGAAGCUUGCCGCUCUGCAAGACACCGUUCUCAACCACUUCAUGGACGCUGGUCAGACUUCCACUCGCAUCAUUGUGUUCAGCGAGUACAGGGAUAGUGCCGAGGAUAUUGUCCGGGUACUAAACGUCCACAAACCGUUGAUCAAGGCCACCGUGUUCGUUGGCCAGGCCGACUCGAAGCGGUCCGCAGGCAUGAAGCAGAGCGAACAGAUUGCAACAAUCCAAAAGUUCAAAGACGGCGAAUACAACGUGCUGGUCGCAACGUCCAUUGGUGAAGAGGGCUUGGACAUUGGGCAAGUUGAUCUCAUCGUGUGUUACGACGCCUCAUCUUCGCCCAUCAGGAUGCUCCAACGUAUGGGCAGAACAGGGCGAAAAAGGGCCGGUAACAUCGUACUCUUGCUGAUGCGAGGCAAAGAGGAAGACGCAUUUGCACGGUCAAAAGACAACUACGCAGAGAUGCAGAAGCUGAUCUGCGAGGGGAGCAAAUUCAACUUCCGCCACGACCUCUCGACCAGAAUUGUGCCUAGGGACAUCCGCCCGGAGGUGGUCAUGCAGCACAUUGAGAUCCCCAUCGAGAACACGCAGAACCCGUCCCUGCCGGAGCCCAAGAGGGGCAGGGCAAGGAAGAAGCUGCCCCCCAAGAAAUUCCACUUGCCAGACGGCGUCGAGCUGGGCUUCAUGAAGGCAUCAGACAUGGGUAAGAGCGGCGCGGCCCCCAAAAGAGGCCGCCCCAAGAAGCAAGAGCCGACAGAGGUCGACUUCGUCGCGGACGUGCCCUCGGUCAGCGCGGUCGUCCUCACAGAGGCACAAUUGGCCGAGUUGGACAAGGUGUAUCGGUCUCUACCCGCCAGUCGGGCCAAAAUCGAAGAGACGGAGAUGCCGAGUCUGGCUGCGUACCCCGCGCUUCAGCGACGCCUCCGGCCAGUACACAAAGUCCAACACGGCCAGCGAACGAAAAGAUUUGUCAAAUUGUGCCAAAAGUUUGCCAAGAACCAAGACACCAGAAGCCGCUACAUACAGCCAUUUGGAGAAGAGGACAUGAGCCGAUGGGAGGAUAUUCCGGUUCCGUCCUACGGUAGCGACACAGAAGAUGAAGCGUUUGCAGGCAAAGGGACGGUCAGAGAGCGGCAGUUGACGAUGGCGGUGUCGGAUGACGACCACGCCGAGGAGUCACGGCCAAAGAAGCGCAGAUCGACCGGCGCGCCCAAGCGUUCGGCGUUAGCAUCUGCCGCAGCGCUGAUAGACGACGACAUGGAUGACGUCGCGGACGAAGAGUCGCCGCCGCGACGGCAACUGAAGGCGAAAAAGGCCGGGGCCGGAAGGGGGCGUGGCAAGAAGGCCCCGAAGCUACGGGGGCGCGGCAUCAACAGCGACGAGAUCGGCGACGACUGUGACAGGGACAGCGAUGCUCUGGACACGGAUGGGUCGGACAGCGGAGGCGACCUGCUCGAUUUCGUCGUCUCGGACGACCAUCCCGUCUCCAGCAUCCCUCCGACGUCUUCGGUGCUGGAGGCCACAAGCCCAGCAACGGCCACAGCAGGGUCGGCGAAGCGCGACGAGGCUGCCCGGCCGUUUUAUGUGCCGACACAGUUCCCGGCGACGCAGGAGUCGGUCGACUCUUUGCCGGACCUCGACGACGUGCUUCUCAGUAGUAAAGGGAAGAGGAAGACGUCGCCGACGAUAGCGCCGACGGACGAGUCCGAGGAAGCGGAUGAGGAUGAAGAUGCUACCCCGCGACAACAGACGGGAGCACGCCAGCAGAGGAGACGGCCAGUGUUUGAGAGCGACAGCGACGAGUAA